CGAAACACAGCACAUGCUGAUUUCUCUUGUUCACGUUAUUGUUUAAUCUUUUUUUUGUCUUCAUGAGAGAUCCUUCUUGUUCUAGGGUCCCUCAGAAAGGUUUGAGUGUAUCCAUGAGUCCCCCUUGCCUUUACAGGUGAUGUGAAAAUGUACAUUGUUAUGGUAGCUUUGUGAUAAUUCAACCUUCAUAGAUUGAGCUUCAAAGAGAAAUCAAUGGGUGAAUCAACUGCAGCAGCUGCACUUGAUGUUGAAAACAAGGUGGGAGAGUCAGUUGCCUCUGGUGCUGCUCUGGAAGCAUCGGUUUCUUUCGGUAGGUUUGAGCGAGAUUCGCUUUCGUGGGAGAAAUGGUCGUCUUUUUCGCAAAAUAAGUACUUGGAAGAAGUUGAGAAGUUCUCAGCACCUGGAUCGGUAGCUCAGAAGAAGGCUUACUUUGAAGCUCAUUACAAGAAAGUCGCUUCUCGGAAGGCUGAACCACAGGGGCAGGAGGAGAAGCAAACUGAAAUUAAGGCGUUGACGAUGAAUGAUUUAAAUGGUGAAGAAAUUCAUCACAGAAACACUUCUGGGACUGACACUGAGGUUGAUAUAGUCAUGUGUCAAAGCUCAGCUGAAGAAGUUGAGCAAGUUAGUGAUUCAAAUGAUGUAUUGGAUAGCAGCCUCUUAGAUGAGUCCAACGACAGUGCCACGAGCACGAUAGAGUGUCGAAACUCAUUGGUAGAUGGAGCAAAGGAGGAAUUUGAUAGCAUACCAGAUGGCCUUGAAUUGAGCAAACUAGAAGAGGCUGUUGUAGUUCAAGAGGGCACUUGUAUUAGUGGAUCUCAGGAGAAUGUGAAUCUUCUCCCUGUAGUUGUUCAAGAGGAAACUAAUCUGAAUGGAGCUCAGGACAUGGUGCAAUUUCGAUCGGUAUUGGAGGAGACAAGAAACAACAUGGAAAUCGAAAAGGAUAUUGCAAAUUUGGAUUCAUCGAAAAUUUCUGAGAAGAUAAUUCCGACCAGAAAGGAGAGGGAUUUGGAAGGAACAAAGAAGAAGCCAGCAUCUCCUUUACCCAAAAAGUCACCACAAAUUUCCACACCGAAACUAGCAAAACCAACACCAAGCCCCACUCUAAUGUCUGCUUCGCGGUCCAUAACAAAAAGGGAAAGUGGUUUAGCAUUGCCGAGGAGCAAGAAUCUCUCUGCAGGAGAAAGAAAGGAAAUCGUUCCUCCACCACUGCAGAUGUCACCUAGUUUGAGUCCUGCAAAUUCUGAAUCAACUCCUCCCACCAUGACUCGAAAGUCUCUUAUUAUGGAGAAAAUGGGGGAUAAAGACAUUGUUAAGCGGGCAUUUAAGACAUUUCAGAACAAUUUCAACCAAGUUCAAUCUUUUAGUUCUAGUUAUGAGAUGUCUUCUAGAGAAACGAAGGUGUCAACUGCCAGGCCGGAGCAAAAGUUCGGAACUUCUUUGACUUCUCGAAAGGAGAACGAGGGAGUGAGGAGGGCAGCAGAGAAGAUGGAUGCUCAAAAAGGUCAAUUGGGAAGAAGCUUGAAUUCUCCCUUGGGGAGGUCGCUAAAAGGAGCUAGUAUGGAUCAAAGGAUCGCAAAGCCUGCCCCAUCUUCUAUUGGCUCGAUAAGUGAUGGAAGAGCUGAAAAACAAAGAGAGUUGUCGAAUAAGCUGGAGAAAAAAUCAUAUGCCAAAGAAGUGGAAAAAACACGCCUUCACUCAAAGCCAAAGGAGGAAAAGCUCAGACAGAGCCUGAAUUUGAAAGCCACUCCGAUGCCAGGUUCUUAUAGGGGCCAUGGGAUAUCAAAGAAUCUUUUAGAUAAGGAGGGAACCCAGAAUCUACACCAUCUUCGACCAGAAAUGCAGAGGUGAAACACACCGGCAAGUAUCCAGAUUAAAUGAAGGCACAAGUUCCUUUAUCUGAAAUUGGGAUGUGGGCAAUGGAACAAGCUCUUGAGGAGAAAUACAGGAAUGGAUCUUGGCCAUCUUAACAAUGACCCACUCUUCUUCCCUUGGCCCCCCUCUGAAUGGCUUUAUUAUGCAUACAGAACAGGAAAUGACCAUAACAUUGAUGGAUUUGCUAGACACUGCCCAACUAUACGGACAUGAAUUUGUGUAAUUUGCAUCUUUAUAUAUAUUUUAGCUCCAGACUAGUUAAGUCAUCA